AUGUCGGACGCGGCUCUCGAUGGCGUGCCUUCACUGGGCGGCUCGCCCGUCAUCUUCAUCGCGGUCAUUGCAGCGAUAGCAUGUGUCGUGGUCGUCGCUGCAGUGUUGAUCUGCCUCUAGUAAGUCGAGGCAGCUGAGUAUCGCGACCACGAGGAGCUAUCUUCUCACCUUGACCACCUGUCUUCUCAUAUGCGGCACAGCUGCCGCCGACGAAGACGCAGAAAAGCAGCACUAGCACGAGCUUCGUUGGGCAAUAAUCUCAACACUUUGCACCCUGGUCCAUCACUAGGUGGCCGCAGGGGAAGGGCGCAAGGCUCGGGUUUUGCGCCAGUCUCUCAGAUGAAUGAUGACGAAGCUUUCAACGCCGCUCCUUCGCCUAGACACUCGUUGCAGUACGAUGGAGCUUACGAUCCGUACAAUUCCGCCAACUCGACUGCUCUGCGCACUGGAGGUGCACCAUACUCAAAUCCAUACGGGGUGGGCGCGGCUGUAGGCGGAAAGUACGAUGAAAGCUCAGAAGUCCUUGCGACGCCCACUUCCACCAACAACGCACCUUUCAGUGGACGACCGGGUGGAGCUGCCGGUGGAUCGGCUGGCGUGGGAAGCGCAGCAGGAGCAAAUGCUUACAACAAGCCGAACAGGGCUCAACAGAGUUCCGCUGCUGGCCCAGGGCGCAUGUAUAGCGGCCAUCAGCCCACUGCUAGCUAUGGGUCCGGUUUCUCCGAUGCAUCGUACUCUGCGCCUCCUAGGAGAGAGGAGAGAAGCUCUUACUAUGGCGGCGUGGGUGCUAUGGAGCCCGCGUCUGACUACCUGCCCCCAGCGCAAGGCGCUCACAACUCCUACACCGCCAGCAUGCCACCAACAUCCUCAACUCACAAUCAGGCACAAUCGUGGACAGCAUACGCGUCAGAUGCACCGGCUCCGGAAGAUGCUCCACCAUCGCACGACUUUGGAGCGGCAGGAUAUGCUGCGGAAAAGCAAGCCCACAUGGCUGCGCACACAUCCAGUGCUAAUUCCAGCAACACCCAAUCGCUUCCCAAUCCGUACAGCAGCGAACGAGGUGCGCGUCCAUCUGCUUCCACCGGACAUCCAGCAGCGACGCACGCGUCCGCUUCGAUUUCGGCUUCCUAUCCUCCUCCACAGACAUCAUCUGCGACAGAACCUCCUUCGUACGACGCCUUGUCCAUCGAUGAGAGGUCUGGCUACACUGCUGCUCAGCCUGAGAGCAGCAGCAGACCGCACAGUGAAGUCAUGGCUGCUGGACCUAGCAGAGUGGACAGAGCAUCCGGAUCCUUCCCCAGCAGCAGCGCAAAUGGCGGUCAGAACAAGUGGACAAGCGGAGACUUUAAGGAUGGCGGCGCCGCGUGA